AUGGGUAUCAAGGGCAUCUACCGUGAGCUUGGCUCAGGUCAGAGAGUCUCCCUGGCCAAGCUGGCAACUGAGCACCUUGAGAGUUCUGGCCGGCCACUGCGCGUCGCCAUUGAUAUUGCUAUCUGGCAGUUUCAGACCCAGGCAGCACGAGGCGGCACCAACCCUGCGAUAAGAACUCUGUUUUAUCGCCUAGUACGACUCUUGGGUCUUGCGAUACAUCCCAUCUUCGUGUUCGAUGGCCCUCACAAGCCUGCCUUCAAACGCAACAAGCGCUCGGGAAAAGGUGGUGGAGUGGCAACGGCGAUGGCCAAGAGACUUAUCCGACUCUUCGGGUUUCCUGUACACGAUGCACCCGGCGAGGCUGAGGCAGAGUGCGCCCUGUUACAACAACAAGGCAUUGUCGACGCCGUGCUGAGCGAGGACGUCGACACCAUCAUGUUUGGAUGUACAAGAACACUUCGAAACUGGUCUUCAGAGGGAAUCCGCGGUUCCAAGACGCCAACCCACGUCAGCUUAUACGAUGUCGACGUGCUCCUAUCUGCUGGCACCGGCCUGGAUCGAGAGGGCAUGGUUUUGGUCGCUCUGAUGAGUGGUGGUGAUUACAUCCCAGAAGGUGUUCCGGGCUGUGGUGUCAAGCUGGCUUGUGAGGCUGCCAAGGCAGGGUUUGGCAAGUCUUUGUGUCGACUAAAGAUUGAUGAGCCUGUGCAAUUUGAAGAGUGGAGGACCUUCUUGAAGCACCAGCUUCGGACAAAUGAGUGUGGCUUCUUCCGGACGAAACACAAGGCGCUGGCCAUUCCCGACGAAUUCCCAAGCCGACAAGUGCUGCGCCACUACACUCAUCCAGUGGUAUCGAAUGCCGAGACUAUCGCUCAGCUGAGGGCGAGAACCCACUGGAACCGCCAAAUAGACGUUCAAGGUCUUCGAUAUUUCGUUGACGAGACGUUCGAAUGGGCCAACAAAGCCGGCGCAGUGAAACUGACCAGAGUUCUCUCCCAGAGCCUGCUAGUGCACAAGCUAUUGGAUCUGCAUCUCACUGAGCGCUGCGACGAGACAACAGACCAGAUGGAACGGAACGAGGCGGCCCUCGUCAAACGCAUUUCUGGGCGCCGAAACCACCAUAGCACCGACGGGAUACUUGAACUGAGGGUCUCGCAUGUCCCAGCAGACAUUGUCGGGCUGGAUAUGUCAAAGGAGAUGGAAGACGAACCUGUUUCGUUUGAUCGACACGGGCUAGCACUGAAUAGCGACGAUGACUUUCACGGUGGUGCGGAUGUCGAAAUUGACAUCACCAGUGAAAAGUCCAAAGCCAGGGCCAAUUAUGACCCUACUAUCGCCGAAUCCAUCUGGCUGCCGGAAUCCCUACUCAAACUCAGCGUUCCCAUCACCGUGGAGGAUUGGGAAGAGACGCAACGGGCCAAAGAAAAAUCUCGUGCCGCAACAAAAGUCAACAAAAAUAGGACGGCAGCAAUAUCCAUCCGGGACCACCCACUGCGUUACCUCGAGCUUCUGCCCAAGCUCAAGUGGUGA